AUGUUGAAUGGCUAUGAAUGGCUCUCGGAUAUCUUCGGUCCAACUCCGUUUUGUUGGCGCAGCUCGAGGUAUUCAUUGGCAGGUGAAUGCUUGGCGCAGCUCGGUGAUGGUUUCCCAAGGUCGGUCUCCGUGUCAUCUUCCACGCAGUUGCUGGUGGGAUGUGGCAUCGAUGGGCAGCUGCAGUUGUUGAGUGCUGUCAGCAGGAGGGUCAUUGCCAACUUCUCCCACGCCAAGUCCGAGUGCGACAAGGCCGAGGUCUCCUUUUGGGAGGAAGACUUUGAGAUGAACGAGCCGGGGGGUCUCCGCUACCGACGCUUGCAGGACUUCCCAAGUCUGGAUGAACGGCUGGGGCCAGACAUCUUGGAUGCUGAUGGCAUUCCCAGGCAGGGCAUCACUUCUGCUCAGUGGAGCCCGGACGAACGCUACCUGGCGACGAAGCAUGAAUCCUUUCCAAGCGUCGUCUGGAUUUGGGACUUGGGCCGCAUGGCCUUGAAGUCGCUGCUGAAGCACCAAUCCACGGUGAAGUGCAUGGCCUGGGACCCGGCCGCUCGCGGAGAGCUGAGCCGUUUGGCCCUGAGCACCUCAGAUCCGGUGCUCUUCUUUUGGUCACCUGGGCAGGCUGAGGCACUGCCUUGCGCGCUGUCGGCGGCCCGGCUGCGCUGGCGAGCGGAUGGGCGCAGCCUUUUGCUCCAAGAGAGGGACCGAUGUUGCGCCUGCCGAUUGGGGAGUGCAGCGCGAAAACUUCCGCGUCCAUGCCGCGUCCGGCGACCGGCGUGGCGGCAUACAGAAGCCUCAAGCGUAACGCACCUUCUUCGGGGGGCUUGCCUGGGUAUGUUGGGGCACCUCACAGACCUCGCCCUCAAAAACUACCUGGUUGAAUGGUUAGUCAUGGUCCGGUUAGUAGAUGAACAUCAGCAGCAGCGUGGACUCUUUUCACGAAAGCUAGCCUCAGCUAGCUGGAGUUACUCUUGCUUUGGCAAGUUGUUGGCUGGGGGAUGGAAUCGCUCACUCAGUGAAUUAUCCACUGCUAGACCUCUCCCCCUCCGCUGGUUCAGAUUUGGGAUUCUGAUAGCAUUCGUUCUGAUAGCAUCAGGCCGCGCAUCCCAGCAGUUUUAA